AUGGAAUUUCAAAACCAACAGCCAGCUUCAGAGGAAACACCAAAACUAGUCCAAGGAUACCUAAAGAAGCUUAAAAAUGACCGCGCAUUAAUAAGAUUUGUUAGCAAAUUUACUAAGCGCUGGUUCGUUCUUGACAUAGCAGCAAGUAAGUUUUAUUAUUGUAAAAAUAGCACCAAGCCGAUUCCAAUAAAGCGGUUCCUUCACACGAGGAAAGACUUUUUUUUUUGGCCUAUUUUUUUUGGCCUAUUUUUUUUGGCCUAUUUUUUUUUGGCCUAUUUGUUUUUGGCCUAUUUUUUUUUUGGCCUAUUUUUUUUUGGCCUAUUUUUUUUGACCUAUUUUUUUUGACUUUUUUUGGCCAUUUUUUAGCUAUUUUUUACUAAUAUUUGGGCCUAAUUUCAUACUAAUGAUUUUGAUAUAAUUUUUAAUGCAUUUUAAACAAUUUUAUCAACAUAAAAUACACCUUUAACAGAUCUCUUACUCCAUGAAUGCUAAUUCAUUGCUUUUUUAAAUUUCGAGAAUUUUAAAUUUAAUUAGGAUUUUUCCACUUAAUUUACUCAAUAUUAAUUGUGUAAGGAAAUACAUCCGUUACCCAAUAAUUAUUUAGUCUCUAAGCAGCUUCAUGAAUUAUCCUCGAGAUAAAAAAAAAUAGACCAAAAAAAAAUAGGCCAAAAAAAAUAGGCCAAAAAAAAAAUAGGCCAAAAAAAAAUAGGCCAAAAAAAUAUAGGCCAAAGAAAAAUAGACCAAAAAAAAAAUAGGCCGAAAAAAAAUAGGCCAAAAAAUAUUAGGCCAAAAAAAAAUAGGCCAAAACAAUAGGCCAAAAAAAAUAGUCGUCAUGAAAUAGGCCAUAAAAAAUAGGCCAAAAAAAAAUAGGCCAAAAAAAAUUAGGUCAAAAAAAAUAGGCCCAAAAAAAAUUAGGCCAAAAACAAAUAGGCCAAAAAAAAAUAGUCGUUAUGGAGUAGACCUCGUGUGAAGACACGCAAUAAAGCAUCAUUCCCUUAAUGAAAUCACUAAUUUUGUUCGAGAUCUAGAUAAUAUUGAACUAUCCGACUGAAGAUUUUCGUUUAAAGUAGAAACUACCUCCAAAAUAUAUACACUUUAUUGCGAAAAUAGUACAGAAUAUGAAAAGUGGUGUGAGGCAUUUCAAAAUGUAGUAAAUAGCGUAAAAAAUAACAGAUUUUCUAAUGAAGAAAUUAAUGAAAGAAAAAGCUAUGAACCAGAAGGUAAACUAGUAGCUUCCUCAAAGGUUUCUUGUAGCAUUGAUUUUACUGACAGAAACAGACUCGAAGAUAGAAGUAAGAAAAAUGUUAACCCACUAUUAAGAAAAUCAUAUAAAGAAAAUGAAGAGCCCUGGACUUUUUGGACCGAAAAUUCCAAAACAGGGCUUCUUUCAGGAGCAGAAAAGAGAAAAAGCCUUUCCCAAGCUAUUCAAAGAUCAGAUGAAAUACUAAUUGAAGAUAUUUCAAAUGGGAAUCAAACUCCUUCGUUUCCACUGAACAAUGUGGAAAAUAUGCCGAGACAGAGAUCUACAUCAAUAUGGGACAAUCCAGCUAAUAAACGCUUUGCUGAAUUCUCAACAAAGCCACCAGAAUUAAACUGGUGUUAA